GCAGUGCUGGGGGGCAGGUCCGGAGAAGGAGAAGGGGAAGCGGGAAGGGAUGUGAAACUUGGCCACAGCCAGACGCCGCCCCUGCUGGGUGUCCCACAGGGGUCCCUGGGCCGAGGGCAGGAGCGUCUGUCCAGUUCGAGUUACCGGCCAGAGACAGUGUCAUCAUGGGGGCCCCCGGGGGCUGGCUGCUGGUCUGUGUGCUGGCUGUAUCCCUGGCCUCUACUGUGACCCAGGACGUGUGCCGAGCUCCGAACGGGAAGGAUGGGGCCGCAGGAAUCCCUGGCCGACCCGGACGGCCGGGCCUCAAGGGGGAGCAAGGGGAGCCAGGAGCCGCUGGCAUCCGGACAGGCAUCCGAGGCCUUAAAGGAGACGAAGGGGAAGCCGGGGUCCCUGGAAAAUCCGGCCGGAUGGGCUACCCGGGCCCCAGCGGCCCCACAGGUCCCAUCGGGGCCCCAGGGUCAAAGGGCAUCAAAGGCAACCCGGGGAACAUCAAGGGCCAACCGCGGCCGGCCUUCUCAGCCAUGAUACGCAACUCGCCGGUGGGCAGCAACGUGGUCAUCUUUGACACGGUCAUCACCAACCAGGAGGGGCGCUACCAGAGCAACUCGGGCCACUUCGCCUGCUCUGUGUCCGGCUACUACUACUUCACCUUCCAGGUGGUGUCCAAGUGGGACAUCUGCCUGUCCAUCAUGUCCUCCUCCAGGGGCCAGGUCAGGCGCUCCCUGGGCUUCUGCGACACCAACAGCAGGGCGCUCUUCCAGGUGGUGUCGGGGGGCACGGUGCUCCAGCUCCAGCAAGGCGACCAGGUCUGGAUCGAAAAAGACCCCAGGGGCCGCAUUUACCAGGGCCCCGAGGCAGACAGCGUCUUCAGUGGCUUCCUCAUCUUCCCAUCCACCACCAAGAAAAGAAACAUAUUUUUGAUCGUCUACAACAUGCUGGACCCUUCAGCACCAUUAAAUGCAUUUAAUCCCAGCAAAAUUGAUGACGACACUGAGGCUCAGAGAAAGGUCACGCGGCAGAAGGUGGCAGGGCUUAGGUUUGAACCAGGGCCGCCGACCCCAAAGCUGCCGCUCCUCUCAUUGCAAGCGGGACUCAGAGAGCGCGGAGCCUGGAGGCCGGACAAGGGCGCGGGGAGGGGCGAGGCUGCGCGGGCUGAGGCUGCCACCUGCUGGACAAGCCAGGCCCAAGCGCAGACGAGCUCCUUCCCCAGGUCGGACAUGGGGCCCAGCUCCCUGCCCCACCUCGGCCUACACCUGCUGCUGCUUCUGCUGGUGCUGCCCCUUGGGGGCCAGGCCAGCUCAGGCUGCUACGGGAUCCCAGGGAUGCCAGGCCUGCCUGGGGUCCCAGGAAAGGACGGGCAUGACGGACUGCGGGGGCCCAAGGGUGAGCCAGGAAUCCCAGCCAUCCCCGGGACACGAGGACCCAAGGGCCAGAAGGGAGAGCCCGGCGCACCUGGCCAUCCCGGGAAAAAUGGCCCCAUGGGGGCCUCUGGGCUUCCAGGGGCUCCUGGCCUCUUGGGCCCCCCCGGGGAACCUGGCGACGAGGGCAGGUACAAGCAGAAGUAUCAAUCGGUGUUCACGGUCACACGGCAGACGGUCCAGUACCCAGCGCCUAACAGCCUGGUCAAGUUCAACUCCGUCAUCACCAACCCCCAGGGGCAUUACGACACGAGCACCGGCAAGUUCACCUGCAAAGUCCCAGGCCUCUACUACUUUGUCUACCACACUUCGCAGACGGCCAACCUGUGCGUGCACCUGUACCACAAAAACGUCAAGGUGACCACCUUCUGCGACCACAUGUCCAACAGCAAGCAGGUCAGCUCGGGCGGCGUGCUGCUGCGGCUGAAGGUGGGCGAGGAGGUGUGGUUGGCUGUCAACGACUACAACGGCAUGGUGGGCACCGGGGGUUCCGACAGUGUCUUCUCCGGUUUCCUGCUCUUCCCCGACUACCCCACAGAGUCACCGGACCCCGGCUUCCCAGACGGUGCGGGGAUGAGGACCCUGUGGGGCAGCGUCCUGCCACUACUGCUGCUGCUGCUUUUGAGUCUGCUUGAUGCCACCCAGGCCCAGGGCAGCUGCACGGGGCCCCCGGCCAUUCCUGGCAUCCCAGGCAUUCCCGGGAAACCAGGCUCGGAUGGCCAGCCUGGGACCCCGGGGAUAAAGGGAGAGAAAGGACGGCCAGGGCUAGCUGGAGACCAUGGCGAUUCUGGAGAGAAGGGGGACCCAGGGAUCCCCGGGUACCCAGGAAAAGUUGGUCCCAAGGGCCCCGUAGGCCCCAAAGGUUUCCCAGGGCCCCCUGGAGCCCGUGGCCCCAAGGGUGAAUCUGGGGACUACAAGACCACACAGAAAAUAGCCUUCUCCGCUACGCGGACCACCAAUAUCCCCCUGCGGCAGAACCAGACCAUCCGCUUCGACCGCGUGAUCACCAACGAGAACAACAACUACGAGCCUCGCAGCGGCAAGUUCACCUGCAAGGUGCCCGGCCUCUACUACUUCACCUUCCAUGCCAGCUCGCGCGGGAACCUGUGCAUGAACCUGAUCCGCGGCCGGGAACACAUGCAGAAGGUGCUCACCUUCUGCGACUACGUCCAUAGCACCUUCCAGGUCACCACGGGCGGCGUGGUCCUCAAGCUGGGGCUGGGGGAGAACGUCUUCCUGCAGGCCACUGACAAGAACUCCCUGCUGGGCAUGGACGGCGCCAACAGUAUCUUCUCCGGGUUCCUGCUCUUCCCGGACAUGGAAGCGUGA